AUGAAACAGAUUGAAAAAGAGAAAGCACAAGGAGUCAGAAUCCAACAGUUAGAAGGGCCUUCAAACGACCUUUCACCGUUCAGGGUAAUGCCAAAUGAAGAGAGAGAUAGUGUCGCUGGUAAUGAUGGUGAGGAGUACUGUGAUGGUGUGUGCAGUGAUGAGGACACAAUAGAGGACACAAUAGAGGAUACAAUAGAGGACACAAUAGAGGAUACAAUAGAGGACACAAUAGAGGACACAAUAGAGGACACAAUAGAGGACACAAUAGAGGAUACAAUAGAGGAUACAAUAGAGGACACAAUAGAGGAUACAAUAGAGGACACAAUAGAGGACACAAUAGAGGAUACAAUAGAGGAUACAAUAGAGGACACAAUAGAGGACACAAUAGAGGAUACAAUAGAGGACACAAUAGAGGACACAAUAGAGGACACAAUAGAGGAUACAAUAGAGGACACAAUAGAGGACACAAUAGAGGACACAAUAGAGGAUACAAUAGAGGACACAAUAGAGGAUACAAUAGAGGAUACAAUAGAGGACACAAUAGAGGACACAAUAGAGGACACAAUAGAGGACACAAUAGAGGACACAAUAGAGGACACAAUAGAGGAUACAAUAGAGGACACAAUAGAGGAUACAAUAGAGGAUACAAUAGAGGACACAAUAGAGGACACAAUAGAGGACACAAUAGAGGACACAAUAGAGGAUACAAUAGAGGACACAAUAGAGGACACAAUAGAGGACACAAUAGAGGACACAAUAGAGGACACAAUAGAGGAUACAAUAGAGGACACAAUAGAGGAUACAAUAGAGGAUACAAUAGAGGACACAAUAGAGGACACAAUAGAGGACACAAUAGAGGACACAAUAGAGGACACAAUAGAGGACACAAUAGAGGACACAAUAGAGGAUACAAUAGAGGAUACAAUAGAGGACACAAUAGAGGACACAAUAGAGGAUACAAUAGAGGACACAAUAGAGGACACAAUAGAGGACACAAUAGAGGACACAAUAGAGGACACAAUAGAGCCAGAGGCACAACAGAGGACACAAUAG